GCAGGCAGACGCCGGGAUUGCGCCGCUUGAAGGGAUUUGCCCAGUCCUUCCUGGGUGUUCGGGGAGCGCAGUCCCGGCGCGUAGGGGCCGCUCGACGGGGGCCGCACGGGCAAGAUGGUGUGUGCUCGGGCGGCCCUCGGUCCAGGCGCGCUCUGGGCCCUGGCCUGGGGAGUCUUGCUGCUUACGGCCCCCGCAGGGGCACAGCGGGGCCGGAAGAAGGUCGUGCACGUGCUUGAGGGUGAGUCGGGCUCGGUGGUGGUGCAGACAGCGCCUGGGCAGGUGGUCAGUCACAGGGGUGGCACCAUUGUCUUGCCCUGCCGCUACCACUAUGAGGCAGCGGCCCACGACCACGACGGCGUCCGCCUCAAGUGGACCAAGGUGGUGGACCCUCUGGCCUUUGCCGACGUCUUCGUGGCGCUGGGCCCCCAGCACAGAGCAUUCGGCAGUUACCGCGGGCGUGCGGAGCUUCAGGGUGAUGGGCCUGGGGAUGCCUCCCUGGUUCUCCGAAACGUGACACUGCAGGAUUAUGGGCGCUACGAAUGCGAGGUCACCAAUGAGCUGGAAGAUGACACUGGCAUGGUCAAGCUGGAUCUGGAAGGCGUUGUCUUCCCUUACCACCCUCGUGGAGGCCGUUACAAGCUGACCUUCACUGAGGCGCAGCGCGCCUGCGCUGAGCAGGACGGCAUCUUGGCGUCCGCAGAGCAGCUGCACGCGGCCUGGCGCGACGGCCUGGACUGGUGCAACGCAGGCUGGCUGCGCGACGGCUCAGUGCAGUACCCGGUGAGCCAGCCCCGGGAGCCCUGCGGCGGCCUGGGCGGAGCCGCGAGCGCUGGAACCCGCGGCGGUGCCGCCUCUGGCGGCGUGCGCAACUAUGGCUACCGUCAUAACGCCGAAGAACGCUACGACGCCUUCUGCUUUACCUCCAACCUCCCGGGACGUGUGUUCUUCCUGAAGCCGCUGCGGCCUGUACCCUUCUCGGGAGCAGCGCGCGCGUGCGCGGCGCGCGGUGCGGCUGUGGCCAAGGUGGGACAGCUGUUCGCCGCGUGGAAACUGCAGCUGCUGGACCGCUGCACUGCAGGAUGGCUGGCUGACGGGAGCGCGCGCUACCCCAUCGUGAACCCGCGCGCGCGCUGCGGCGGCCGCAGGCCGGGCGUGCGCAGCUUAGGCUUCCCCGACGCCACGCGUCGCCUCUUCGGCGUCUACUGCUACCGUGCCCCCGGCGCGCCAGACCCCGCACCAGGCGGCUGGGGUUGGGGCUGGGCCGGAGGCGGCGGCUGGGCCGGAGGCGCGCGCGAUCCCGCCGCUUGGACCCCGCUGCGCGUCUAGACCCUGGGCGCAGAUGGCCGGGGUGCUUGGCGGCUGGCCAAGUGCUCUGCGGUCUCUUGGAGACAGACCACGUGACUGGAGACUGGCCUCGCCCCCUGCGGCGCGCAGCAGGCUGACCAGGCCUCCUGUGGUCUUUGAACACCGGCUGCGCCCCCUGAGGUCCCCAUAGACUGGCCAGUCCCGGGAGACUGACCGAGCCCCCACCUCUCCUGGAUAGUGGAUUUCCCCUCCUCCUUCUACUUUCUCCAGGAGAUGGGGCAUGCCCCCUGAAGACCCCUGGAGGCCAACGGACCCUGAGGUCACCCGAAGACUGGCAACGCCUCACGGGGCCAUUUGGAAACAGACAGAAUCACCCCCUCCCCUGAGGUCUCCUGGAGGCUGGACCCCCGGGAUCAUCUGGGAGAUUGGCCUCAGGCCCUCUGCAUCUCCCUGGAGUCUCAAGACUGAUCCCUUAACCCUCCUCAACAUGUAGAGAAAACAGAAACCUCAGAGUUCACCAGGUGAUCACACCCCCAUGGUCACAUGGAAACGGCUCCUGUCCUCUUCCCUAUGGUGACCUGGAUAUUGGGUAUUCCCAUUCUUCCCCUUUCCACGGCGAUUCCUCGAGGUUUGGAAAAACAGGUCAUGUUCCCAGGUCACUGUGUACAGCCCCGCCCCUCCAAUUUCAGGGGAGACUAGCCUUGUCUGUCACCACAAAAACAGAUUGACAUGCCCCAGCUGGCCCGCAUGACUGGCGGCCCGGCCCCACCCCUCAGGUAUCUCUUUGGAGGAGCAAAUCUGCUCCCAUUGGAUGGCCUCUUUCCCGGCUGUCACCAAAGAGAUCAUCCCCUGGGCCCAGGGAUCCAUAGGAUCCGUGUCACUAGCUGUGGAGAAAGCUGUCCCAUUUCCCAGUGUUACCAAGGCGACCAGCCCAACUUCUACCUGUAACCUAGUCGCACAGCCCUUCCCUCAUCAGUCACACCCAUGGAGAUAGUGCCUCCCUCCUCCAGCUGUAACCAUGGAUACCACACGUUUCCUAUCUCACCUCUGGGACACCAGAGAGCUACAACUCAGAUUCUCGAUGUCCCCAUCCUUACCAACAGCCAUGAAGACCACCCUCCUCCAUGCCAGAACUGUCCCGAGAGUGACCCAACAUUCCGUUCUCCAGCUUUCACCAUUAGAACAGGCUGCCCUUUCCCCAGGUGCACCCCAGCUCCUCACCCCCCUCCAAGCCCUGCCUCCAAGCUGCUUUAAUCCUACAGUGGUUGCCAUGGAAACCAAACUCUGGCGUUUGAGGUAACAGAACACCUGUCCCUAGGCUUUCCUGUGUCAGCAGGGCCCCACCCGAUCAAACUAUCACCACAGAGACUGUCAACGCCAUCCCCAUGACAACCGACCUCCCAGCUCUCAGGAACUUCUUACCAAGGGCAGGAACUGCACCCCAUAGGAUUUAAUGUCUGUCCCUUAACCAAAUAGGCCCAACCCCAGGCAGCAUCCCCAGAUAUGGCUGGACUUCGGGAGCAGCUGGACACCCUCCCCCCCAUUUGCACGCUGACUGUAUCCCAGACGACAGUUGUGCACGAGACACCCUUGCAACCCCCGGAUGUUUUCACUGCUGCCAUACAGAUGAGCAAACUGGCAGCCCUGGCCCUUUAUGCUGUGCAGUCACUGAGCUCCCCACUUCCCUUUUGAGAUCACAUCUCCAUUCUCACUGAGUUCUUCUCUCCUCUAACUGGCCCCUGCCCCACAUUUCACUCCUUAGAGAUCCAGGAGUGACAGCAUGUUUUUAAACUUCAAAGUCCACAGUGAGCUAUAGGCUCUAAAGGGCAAUUCUUGCUAAGAAGUCAGGACCCAGCCAAACUCCCCCAGCGCUGAGAGCCAGCUCAGGAGAGAUGGACCAUGAGCAAAGCCACCCCAGCUGUGGGAGCCCCCAGUUCCAAGGUCUUGCAUGGAAUAGCACUGAGGUCCCUCCUGGAACCCCCCCUUAUUGUCACACCCAUCUUCAGGAACCCCAUCUGUGAGUUGUGGAAACAGGUGGGUUGGGUUCAAAUCCUGCCUCUGUGACCAAGUGACAAACCUCCUGAGCCUGUCUCCUCCUCUGUACCAGAGCUGUUCUGAGGGCCCAGUGAGUGCAAAGCAUACAGCAGGGGCUCAAUUAAAAAAAGAGUUGUUUUGGUU